AUACAAUAAACUUAAGCUUCCAAUUUCAGGCAAUGCCGGAACCUAUGUCGCCGACGGGUCCGCCGACGGAGCUGUUUGCCGACGAGCUUUAUGACGAAGAGGAGGGUGCCUCCGAUAAGAAGGAGAAGGACGUAUCGAAAGGCGGCCUCAAGUUCGGAUGGAUCCAGGGAGUGCUGGUGCGAUGCCUGCUGAACAUAUUUGGAGUGAUGUUAUUCCUGCGGCUCACGUGGGUGACGGGACAGGCGGGGGUAGGGCUUGCCACGGUGAUUGUUGCCCUGUCUGGUACUGUUACCUCACUCACAACCAUGUCCAUGUCAGCUAUAUGCACCAACGGGGAGGUCAAGGGAGGGGGCGCCUACUACAUGAUAUCACGGAGCCUGGGCCCGGAGUUCGGCGGCUCUAUCGGGAUCGUAUUCGCGCUCGCAAACGCCGUCGCUGCCGCCAUGUACAUCGUGGGUUUCGCCGAGACCGUCCGAGACGUAAUUUUGGAAAAUGGCCAUCAAAUCACAGGCGACGCGACCAACGACGUACGGGUAAUCGGCUUGGCCCUCACAUGCGUCUGUCUCGGCAUCGUCCUCAUCGGCAUGGAGUGGGAGUCCAAGGCUCAGCUGGUUUUGUUGGCGAUUCUCGCCAUAGCCAUCCUCAACUUCUUCGUCGGCAGCUUCAUCCCGCCGACGGACGAGCAAAAGUGGAAGGGAGUCGUCGGAUACAAUUCGGACACGUUCACGACCAACUUUGUACCCCACUUCACACCCGGAAACAGUUUCUUCUCUGUUUUUGCCAUCUUCUUCCCCGCGGCCACCGGAGUUCUCGCGGGAGCAAACAUCUCAGGAGAUCUUAAAGACCCACAGCGCGCCAUUCCAAAAGGCACGUUCUUGGCUAUUCUUAUAACCUCCGCCAUCUAUAUCGCUAUGGUGUUUGCAAUUGGCGGCUGCAUCGUGCUUGCCGCCCUUGGAGAAGCGCCCCCGACGGUCUCCAACCUGACGGCCGUCCUGACCCCUACCAGGGACCUCGUCCAGCAAUGUGAAAUGUUUAACCAAACCUGCCAGAGUGGCCUACUUCAUGACAAUGGGAUGGUUGGCGUCGCCUCAGCCUUUAGACCACUGAUUCUUGCCGGCAUCUUCUCGGCCACUCUGUCGUCGGCACUUGCCAGCAUGGUCGGGGCACCGAAAGUCUUCCAAGCACUGGCACGUGACAAGCUGUUUCCCCACAUUCACGUGUUCGCUAAGGGUUAUGGCGCGAGUGAAGAGCCGCGCCGAGCAUACCUGCUGUGCUUCGUCAUCUGCCUUGCCAUGGUCUGCGUAGGCUCACUUGAUCUCAUCGCCCCAAUCAUCUCCAACUUCUUCCUGAUGGCCUACGCCAUGAUCAACUUCUCCUGCUUCGACGCCUCUGUCGCAGACUCUCCGGGAUUCAGACCCGGCUUUAAGUACUAUAAUAAAUGGUUGAGCCUGAUUGGCGCUCUGUUGUGUUUGGUGGUUAUGUUCCUGGUCAACUGGUGGGCGGCCCUGAUCACCUUUGUCGUGGUUGCCGGUCUUUACUUCUACGUCUACCGGACCAAGCCGGACGUGAACUGGGGUUCCUCCACUCAGGCAAACGCGUACAAGGACGCCUUGAAGACGUCACUUAAACUUAUCAGCGUUGACGACCACGUGAAGAACUUCCGGCCUCAGAUCCUCGUGCUCACGGGCUACCCGAGGAACCGAGCAAACCUCCUGGACUUCGCCUCCUCUGUUACCAAGAAACAGAGCCUCCUUAUCUGUGGUCACGUGUUUCAGGGAGACCUUGAGGAGCACGUCACUCGGCUGCGGUCGAUGUCGGCGUACCGAUGGUUCGCGGCCCGCAAGGUGAAGGCCUUUUACAACAGUGUGUGCGCCCCGACAUUCCGCAUCGGCGUACAGGUCCUGCUACAGGCGCUCGGAGUGGGGAAAUUACGACCCAACACACUGCUGCUCGGGUACAAGUGUGACUGGCAGAAAGCGGACCCCAGGGACACGCUCGACUACUUCAACGUCAUUCAGGACGCAUUUGACCUCCACUACAACGUCGGGAUAUUGCGCGUGCCGGGUGGCUUCGACCGGAACAAGGUACCCGAUGACGUCAUCGACAUGGACAACCCGGAAGUGUACGAGUCGGACGAAGAAGUGGCGGAUGAUGAAGACGAGGACCCGACCCGGAAGGAGAACCAGGCGGACGUGAAGUUCCCGAGCGCCGCGUCCACCGCCAACGGACAUCCCCAGUAUGGCGCCAUGCAUCUGAAGCGCCUCAACACUCUGGAGGAGGGCAUGGAGAAUGAAGCAUUUGAAGAAGAUGGCGAGACAGUCACCCCUGUUGCACCGCCUUCCUUCCGUGACAAGAACUACGGCACCGUGGACGUCUGGUGGCUUUACGACGACGGCGGUCUAACGUUACUGUUGCCGUAUAUCCUGAGUCAGCGAAGGCAGUGGAAGAACGCCAAGCUGCGGGUGUUCUGUAUGGGAACAAAGAAAGGGGACGUAGACGAGGACCAGAAAAGAAUGGCAUCUUUGUUGGCGAAAUUCAGAAUUAAUUACUCAGAAUUGACGGUGCUGACUGAAGUGAACAAAAAACCCCAAUUGAAAACGUACCGCGAAUUUGAGAGUCUUAUACACCAGUGGCGGGUAAAACCGGGCGAGUUCCAGGAAGAAUACCCAUGGAAAAUCGCAGACGCCGACCUUGUCGAACACAAACAAAAGACUUACAAACAUCUACGAAUCCGUGAAAAACUAUUGGAGCAUUCCAAGGACGCCUCUUUGAUUGUUCUCACGUUGCCGGUUCCCAGGAAGACGGCCUGUCCCGCUGGUCUGUACAUGGGGUGGUUGGAGAUCCUCACAAAGGAACUUCCGCCCACCCUUCUGCUCCGGGGGAACCAAGAGAGCGUCCUCACAUACUACUCAUAGGGGGCAGAACGACAUGCUUGCCGGAAAUGUACGUCUCCGUGACGUAGGCGGAAGUGCAUCAGUGAUGACGUCACCAUUACGUCAUUGUUUAUUGAACUUUGGAAAUAAUGGUGAUCAGUAUAGAAUAUAAGUUCACACAGACUCAUCCAGCUUAAUGUUUGAUAAUCUGUUAUAUGUUUUAGAUGUGUUUUGUAUAUUAUAUAUUACCUAUAACAUAUCCUUUUAUAUUUGUAUAUACAUGUCCUUGAUUAAUGAUACGCGUACUUGUAUCGAUUAAUUGAACUACUAUUUUGUAUAUUUUGUACUAUAGAUUAGUUCUUAUUUUCUUAUCCAAAAAAGUAAAUAUAGAUAACAUAUUGUAA